CUCGGAGGGAGGGGCGCGCAGCCCAGGAACAGCCGCGGAGCGUCCGCCGGUUCGAAUCCGCCGCUGUUCACACGCCGGGAGCGGCUGCGAGGGAGUGGAUUUGGAGCUGUCCAGGGGGUUGCGGCGGCCUUUGCAACGGCCUCGGCUUCUCCAAGGCGAGGAAUCAAAGCCGUGUUUAUUUCUUGCGGUUUCCCCCCGUCUUGGAUUUGAAUUUUUUGUGUGCGUGCGCUUCCUUCUUGCAAUUGCAUGGAAAGCGGAAGGAGCCGCCCGAGAGAGAGAAAAUUGGAAUUUUGCAGGCAGUUUGGUGGUUGGGGAGAGGGCCAGGAAGGAACAAAAGCCAGCGGAGGGAAAAUAAAAGGGAGCUCCUACGCCUACCCUCGCCUUGCAAGCCGGAGGACAACGGGAUCGGGGCCGCUGCCGGCUGUUUCCAAUGAUUGCUUCCAGAAUCCUGGUGCCAUGGCUGUUCUAGAUGCCUCAACUGCAGGCUUGCCCCACCAACCGGCCAAGCGACAGGGCUGCUGAGUCCAUCUGCUGCGUGGAUUGUGGUUUCCAUCAUGCACAGACUUUUGCAGGCUUGAAACCGACUGGGGAAGAAGACUCUUCUCCGACCGUCUGACUGCCUCGCCACGUGCCAUCAAGUUGGUACCCCCAUUUUCUCCUGAGACGAGCCCAGCCAGCCAAUCAAAAUAGAGUCCCUCAAGGUGAAAGUUGACUUCCUGAAGGUGCCCCUUGGCCUGAAGAAGCCCACUCUGAAGGAGGCAGCGGCUGCCUUGGCAGCCGUCCCAGGAACCGGGAGACCCAAAUCUGUCAACGUGGACCGCUACAAGGCUCGGCGUUCUGACAACAUGGACAACGAGUCGCAGUACUCGGGGUAUUCCUACAAGUCAGGUCACUCGCGCAGCUCCCGGAAGCACAGAGAUCGGCGGGAGCGACACCGGUCCAAAAGUCGAGAUGGGAGCCGAGGGGACAAGUCAGUGACCAUCCAGGCCCCUGGGGAGCCUCUGCUGGACAACGAGUCGACCCGAGGAGAUGAAAGGGAUGACAAUUGGGGAGAGACCACCACAGUGGUAACAGGCACGUCGGAACACAGCAUUUCCCACGAUGACAUCACACGUAUCACAAAGGACAUGGAGGACAGCGCCCACUUGGAUUGCUCGCGCCACCUGGGGGUCUCGCUGGGUGGGGCCUUGGCCCUCCUCUCCUUCCUCACUCCUUUGGCCUUCAUGCUUCUGCCCCAGCUUCUGUGGGGAGAGAAACUGGAGCCCUGCGGGACACCUUGCGAAGGGCUCUUCAUCUCUGUGGCCUUCAAGCUCCUUAUUCUUCUCUUGGGCAGCUGGGCCCUCUUUUUUCGCCGCCCCAAGGCCUUCUUCCCGCGCAUCUUUGUCUUCCGGGCCUUGCUCAUGGUGCUGGUUUUCCUCCUUGUGGUCUCGUACUGGCUCUUCUACGGGGUCCGCAUCCUGGACUCGCGUGACACUAACUACCAGGGCAUCGUGCAGUACGCUGUCUCCCUUGUGGACGCCCUCCUCUUUGUCCACUACCUGGCUGUGGUUCUUCUCGAGCUGCGGCAGCUCCAGCCCCACUUCACCCUUAAGGUGGUGCGCUCUACUGACGGGGCCAGCCGGUUUUAUAACGUUGGCCAUCUCAGCAUCCAGCGAGUUGCAGUGUGGAUCCUUGAAAAUUACUAUCACGACUUCCCGGUUUACAACCCUGCCCUCCUUAACCUGCCAAAGUCAGUUCUGUCCAAGAAAAUGUCCGGGUUUAAGGUGUACUCGCUUGGUGAAGAAAACACAACCAAUAACUCUACGAGCCAGUCGCGGGCUGUCAUCGCCGCAGCCGCCCGCAGGCGGGACAACAGCCACAACGAGUAUUACUACGAGGAGGUGGAACACGGGCCUUGGGGGGGGCUGGUGGUGGCAGUGGAAGAGGCCUUCACGCACAUCAAACGGCUCCAAGAAGAGGAUCAGAAAAACCCGCGAGAGAUCAUGGACCCCCGAGAGGCGGCACAGGCUAUCUUUGCCUCCAUGGCCCGGGCCAUGCAGAAAUACUUGCGUACCACCAAGCAGCAGCCCUACCACACGAUGGAGAGCAUCUUGCAGCACUUGGAGUUCUGCAUCACCCAUGACAUGACGCCCAAGGCAUUCCUCGAACGUUACCUGAGUGCCGGGCCUACCAUCCAGUACCACAAAGAUCGCUGGCUUGCCAAGCAGUGGACUCUGGUCAGUGAGGAGCCAGUGACCAACGGCCUGAAGGAUGGGGUAGUCUUUGUCCUCAAGCGCCACGACUUCAGCCUGGUGGUGAGCACCAAAAAGAUCCCCUUCUUCAAACUCUCGGAGGAGUUUGUGGACCCCAAAUCGCACAAGUUCGUGAUGCGGCUUCAGUCAGAGACCUCGGUGUGAAACUGAAACCGGGGCGAGGGGCUUGAAGGCCUAAGAGUGACCUUCUGUGACAGGGGGAGCGGCCCUGCGCGCAACAUCUUUGUCUUUUGCUCUUGCUGGGAUUUAGAAGAGGCCAUCCGGUUGGCCGAAAGCCUUCCUGGUGUAGGCGUUGACAUCUGCUAUGCAUCUUCUGAUGCCAGCCUCAACCACUCAGUUUCUUCUCCCUCCAGAUUUUCCCUCCACACAUUCUUCAUGGGUGCCGAUUGAGGGGAGGAGUCAGGAGGCGGAGGGUGACCUCUUUCUUCUUCUCCCAGGUCCCGGUUGUGCUUGUAGCAAACCCCAGAAGGUGCACAGAUGCGAAGGAUGACAUAAUUUCUCCCCUCUCCUCCCCCCCCCCAAUGGACAAAACUGAAAAGUGCGGUGCCAAAUUUUAAGGGCUAAUUCCGUUCACUGUCUUCACCAGCAACUUCGAACGCGGUUGGGUCUGAGGAGCUUUCUUGAAUGUGUGUGUGGGUUUUUUUUUAAAAAAAAGUAAAAAACAGCAACCAACUAACCUCACAGCUCUGGCCUUCGAAACGUCACCUGAUUCUGUUGCUGGGAUCUCUCAGUCUCUGAGCUGUGACUUGACUUGCACAAGACUUGGCAGAACGUUGUGGAGGAAAAGACCUCCCAAGCCAGGUAGCCGUGGCUGCUAUUUUUCAUCUUCCAUUCCCUAUGGAGGCCCAUGGAUGGUGAACCCGGCUGGCCCCUCUUGGUUGUUUGCAAUUCUGGUACAGAAACAACAUCCCGUUUCAUGUUCUCCUGCGUCUUUUUUUUAGGUCAACUUUUUUCAAAACGAAAUAAAAGACACGUUGGGGGUGGUUUUUGGUAAUGUUUGAAAACGGUGAGGUGUUUUUUUUGUUUUUCUAAAAAAAUGAUGCUGAUCGCUGUGCUUUUUAAAGAAAUCCUGUGUGUUGUAAAUAAUUGACUUCCGUUAGGAUCAUAGUUGUGUGCGCCUCUCCUUGAGUUCCCUGUGGCGAGUGCCUCGUUCACUCAGAGGCGGUUGUGUGUCCGAAGACCCUCGGUGUGAGACCUUGGAGUGGGGUAUAGUAUCUCAACCUUCCCUGUUCGUUCUAGUCCAAAAUUGAAUUGAUAUUACACUCUUUAACUUUCAGUGCAAUAGAACAGUGGUCCUUGGGCUGUGAAAUGGGGCCCAUGGAGUCCCAGACCCCCCCCCCCCAGCUGUGUCCCCAAACCCUGCCAUUCUCUUGCUCUCAUUUAGAAGGACCUGCUGCUAGUGCAUUCACAGAGAGAGGGGACUGUGCACCUUUGCACACACACAAAGAAUAGGAACAGAGUGGCAAAGUGGCUUUGACCUUUGGCUGGUUCCUCACUGUGAUACUCUUGCUAGUGUUUGUCUUUUGUGUUCUGUUCUCUUAGCGUCUCUCUAGGUCUGUAGCCUUUAGUCACAGUCUUAACAUGGGUGAGGUAAUAACUGCUUCCCCUUCUUCCUGUCAUGCCUUUGGCAUCACAUGACUUCCUGUCAUAUGAUUGCAACUCAGUGGGGUCCCAGGCGUGGAAAGGUUGAACAUCACUGCACAAGAGGGGAUUGUCAACAUAGAAAUGCCAGAUGACGGAAUGAUCUCAUUCUCUGCCUGUAGCUGAAUCAUGACUGUUGUCAAUUUUUUAAUUAGAAGCUCAGGCACUCUAGCACCGUG